GAAGAGGGCGAGUUCAUGGCUUGCAGCCCGGUCGCCUUGGAUGAGAGCGACCCGGACUGGUGCAAAACGGCCUCGGGGCACAUUAAGCGGCCCAUGAACGCGUUUAUGGUGUGGUCGAAAAUCGAGAGGAGAAAAAUCAUGGAGCAGUCGCCGGACAUGCACAACGCGGAGAUCUCCAAGCGCCUGGGCAAGCGGUGGAAAAUGCUGAAGGACAGCGAGAAGAUCCCGUUCAUCCGGGAGGCGGAGCGGCUGCGGCUCAAGCACAUGGCCGAUUACCCCGACUACAAAUACAGGCCCAGGAAAAAGCCCAAAAUGGACCCGUCCGCCAAGCCCAGCGCCGGCCAGAGCCCGGAGAAAAACGCGCCCCCCAGCAGCGGCGGCGGCAGCAAAAGCGCCAAGAGCUCCGGUAAGAAAUGCAGCAAGCUCAAGCCCCCGCCGGCCUCGGCCUCGGCCUCGCCCCCGCCCCCCAAGGCCGGCGCCAAAGCCGCCCCCCACGGCGACUACGCGGGGGAAGACUACGUCUUCGGCGGCCUCAAGGUGAGCGGCAAGGCGGUCAAGUGCGUCUUCCUGGACGAGGACGAUGAGGACGACGAGGACGACGACGAGCUGCAGCUGCGGAUCAAGCAGGAGGCGGACGAGGACGACGAGGAGGACGAGGAGCAGCAGCAGCAGCAGCUGCGGCGGUACAACGUGGCCAAAGUGCCGGCCAGCCCCACCUUGAGCUCCUCGGCCGAGUCCCCCGAGGGGGCGAGCCUGUACGAGGAGGUGCGGGGCGGCGGCGCCGCGCACGGCAGCGGCAGCGGCAGCGGCAGCAACAGACUGUACUACAGCUUCAAGAACAUCACCAAGCAGAGCCCCCCGCCGCAGCCGCCGCAGCCGCCCAGCCUGUCGCCGGCCUCCUCCCGCUCCAUCUCCACCUCGUCCUCCGGCAGCGAGGAGGCGGACGACCUCCUCUUCGACCUCAGCUUGAAUUUCUCCCAGCACCCGCACGCCGGCGCGGAGCUGGGGGCGGGCUCCGCCGCGGGCAACCUCUCCCUGUCCCUGGUGGACAAGGAUUUGGAUUCGUUCAGCGAGGGCAGCCUGGGCUCGCACUUCGAGUUCCCCGAUUACUGCACCCCGGAGCUGAGCGAGAUGAUCGCGGGGGACUGGCUGGAGGCGAACUUUUCCGACCUGGUCUUCACCUAUUGAGCGGCGGGGAAGGCUGGGAGCC